GCUUUGGAGUGGUACUGCUGGAGAUUGUUACAGGAAAAAUUCCUAUUGAAAAAGGAAAAUAUAUUGUCAGGGAAGUGAGGACUGCAAUGGACAAGACAAAAGACAUGUAUAACCUUCACGAAAUUUUGGAUCCUGUUGUUCGCUCAGGUGCAACUCCUAAAAGCGUAGAGAAGUUUGUGGAUCUAGCAAUCAAGUGUGUUGAAGAAGAAGGAGUCAAGCGGCCUACAAUGAGUGAAGUGGUGAAAGAGAUUGAGUAUAUUAUGGAGAUCGUAGGACUGAACCCGAAUGCAGAAUCAGCUUCUACUUCAGAAACCUAUGAAGGAGCAAACAAAGGACUUCAUCCUUAUACUGAUGAAAGUCUGUUUGUCUAUAGUGGGGCAUAUCCACCUUCAAAGUUAGAGCCCAAGUAAGAUCAAUGUCUUAACGGGUUUGCCCAAAGUUGAAACAUUAGAUCACACAUAAUAUGCCAUUGCCUGUAAUUUGUGCACAAAUUUGAGAGAAUGUGGAAUGAUUCAACUAAUCUUUUGUACAUUAAGGAAAAGUGUUCUGGAGGUCCAACGACGCGAUUAGAGAUACUGAAAUUUUUUGGAAACAUUUAUUUUUACCUUAUGUAAAGUGUGUAAACUCUUUCUGAUCUCAAUUAGGAUGGUCAUUUGUAUAUGAGAAUCUAUACUUCCAUCCUAAAAGAAGUUGUGCAUUCAAUAUUGCAGCUUUACCUUAGUUUUUUUUAUA